UUGCGUUGGCAAGGACCGUUAAUCUGUGUUGACUGUUAACAGAUCCCAUAUGAAAUGGUUUAUUUAUUCAUCACUAGCUCACUCUCAAGCGUGUCGGGAUACGAGGGAUUGCUGAUACAUACAAGAUGUAAUUUCGUCCUCGUUAGGCCGCUGGACAUUGAGGGAGUGAAGACGGAGAACAAUGAGCACAUCAAUCUGAAGGUGGCAGGGCAGGAUGGCUCAGUGGUGCAGUUCAAAAUCAAAAGGCACACUCCUCUCAGCAAACUGAUGAAAGCUUAUUGUGAACGGCAGGGGCUUUCAAUGAGGCAAAUACGAUUUCGAUUUGAUGGCCAACCCAUCAACGAAACAGACACACCCUCACAGCUAGAAAUGGAGGAUGAAGAUACAAUUGAUGUGUUCCAGCAGCAAACUGGAGGCUCUUCUCUUUAAAGACUGUUUCCUAUGAACAUCCCUACCUCCCCUUUUCAUCCCUGAACAUGUUUGUUAUACCCAGUCUUCACAUGGUCAUGACCAGUGCUGAUACCAUCCAGUGGAAUACCUUUACAGAAUGCUCAAAGGCAGCAGCAAAGCUGUUGUAUGUGGAUAGAUUUUAUCACUGUCAUUUACAUGUUAACAUAUCUGAACUUUGCAGUGGUAGACAGCUUGUAAGCUGCGAGCAAUCUGAUGUGCUGAAGAAAUUAAAAUCUUUUCUUUUUUUUAUUUUAAGGAAGAUUUGGGAAAAUGCUUUGGCCCUUGUUUUUGCUUUUAUACUCAAGUCAAUGAGUUUUUAAU